CUGCAAAGCCCAUUUCGCGACUUUGGCCUUGUGCGAAGGAAUCACGACCAAGAAAGCAAAGCCGAGAACGAUACCCAUCUGGGUGACACAAGCAAACGCCGAGGUCAACACAAAACCACCACAUACAUCCAUCCUCCGACUCCAGACCCCGAGCGAAUAAAGGGGAAGCCCCUCUUGAUCCCUCGAGGCGUUCGCCUUCGACGUCAAACCCCUUUCCGGCCGAACCAACCAACCAAACGACCCAAUUCGUACGAGGGAAAACCCAACCAACCCACCCAAGAUGGGAAUCCUCACCAUCACAAACACAUGCAGCCACCUGCAGAACGCAACACGCGCCCGGCUAGGCCUCACCUCUGUUCCCAACACCAAAUACAACCUGCGCCUGGCGCUUGCCAUGCACCGGGCGGGUCUGCUCAGCAGCGUGACACGGGGCGGGCCCAGCCCGCCUCCGACCGAAGCCCUCUCGCUGCUGGAAACCGAGCCCGUGACGUCGGCCAACGUGGCCACGCGCCGGCUGUGGCUGGGGCUCAAGUACUGGAACAACGAGCCCGUGAUUCGCAAGGUGCAGCCCAUCUCGCGGCCUUCGCGGCUCGUGACGGCCACCGCGCAGGAGCUGGGCCGGGUUGCUAGGGGUUUCCCCGUGGGUUCCAUCAAGGGAUUGACGCUGGGCGAGACGCUGUUUGUGAGCACCGAUCGUGGUGUACUGGAGGUGAGGGAGGCGUUGGAGAGGAAGGUGGGCGGGCUGGUGCUCUGCCGGGUAUCAUGAUGAUGAUAAUGAGCGACGGUCUAGGGAGAAAAUAACGUGAACAGGGAUGAAUGGGCGGAGGGAUAAGAAAGUGAUUGUUAAGCUGCUGAUUGGAGACUGUUGGAAGUGGAGGCUCUGUACGAUAUGGAUUGGCGACAGUCAGUCUGGCAGUUACAAAACGCGAUGUUGGUGUAUACUGGCGUGGAGUAUUGGUAUUCACCGAGACGGACAGUCAGCUUCUUAUCUUGAGAGGUGGUGCGGUUCCAUAGACAGGAGUUAUCCGCUAGCUGUAUCAUAUCGUACCACGCGUUUCGCCGCGUGCCUCGUUCAGGUUGUAAAAAACAAAAUAUACGUCUUGAUCUAAGACGCCAGGUGGCCAACUAU